CGCCGCGCGAGCGGCCGCGCCCGCCAGCGCGGGCGGAGCCGCGCGUCUGACCAGCCGACAUGGCGGCGGCGGGCGGGCUGCGGCUGGGCGGCGUUGCCUUUAGGCUGCAGAAAUGGAAAAGCUCUGUCUCCAUCCAAGCAAAAAUGCCUCCUUGCGAUUUUGUACCUGAAAAAUACAAAUCCUAUCCAUAUGAACGUAUGCAGAAGAUUCGUGAACAAAGUAUUUCUCCUUCACUGCGAACAUAUUACAAGAAGCCAUUGUUGCUACAUCAAGGCUAUAUGCAGUGGUUAUUUGAUUAUGAAGGACGAAGAUACCUUGAUCUCUUCGCUGGAAUUGUCACUGUCAGUGUUGGUCACUGUCACCCGAAGGUAACUAUGGCUACUCAGAAACAGCUUGCUCGCCUGUGGCAUACAGCUAAUAUCUACAUGCACCCAUCAAUCCAGGAGUAUGCUGAAAAGCUAACUUCUCUUCUUCCAGAUCCACUUAAGGUGGUUUAUCUAACCAACAGUGGGUCAGAAGCCAAUGAUUUGGCUAUGUUCAUGGCAAGGCUAUAUACUCGUAACUUCGACAUCAUCUCUUUCAGAGGAGCAUACCAUGGAGGCAGCCCUUACACACUGGGAUUGACAUCUAUUGGUCUUUAUAAGCACGGUGUCGCCAAUGGCUUUGGCUGUUCAACAACAAUGUUACCAGAUGUUUUUCGUGGUCCAUGGGGAGGCAGCCACUGUAGAGAUUCUCCAGUGCAAGCUGUUCGAAAAUGCAGCUGUUCUGAAGGUGUAUGUCAUGCAAAUGGCCAGUACAUUGAACAGUUCAAAGAUACUCUGAAUACCUCGGUCCCAAAGGCAAUAGCUGGAUUUAUUGCUGAACCAAUUCAGGGUGUUAAUGGAGCUGUCCAGUACCCAAGAAAUUUCUUAAAGGAAGCUUAUCAGCUAGUACGGGAAAGAGGGGGUGUUUGUAUUUCAGAUGAAGUACAGACAGGAUUUGGACGGACAGGCAGCCAUUUCUGGGGGUUUCAAACACAUGGUGUACUCCCUGACAUUGUUACUUUGGCAAAAGGAAUUGGUAAUGGCUUUCCAAUGGCAGCUGUUGUUACAACAAAAGAGAUCGCAAGUUCCUUGGCUCAAAACCUUCACUUUAAUACAUUUGGAGGAAGCCCUUUGGCCUGUGUAGUUGGAGCUGCAGUUCUUGACGCUAUUGAAGAAGAUGGUCUACAAAAGAACAGUGAGGAUGUCGGAACAUACAUGCUGCUAGAAUUGGCCAAACUACGGGAUAAAUUUGAGAUUGUUGGAGAUGUCCGUGGCAAGGGACUUAUGAUUGGAGUAGAAAUGGUGACAGAUAAGGACAGUCGCCACCCUCUUCCAGCUGAAGAAAUCAAUCAGAUCUGGGAGGACUGUAAAGACAUGGGGGUUCUGAUUGGCAGAGGAGGACUCUACAGUCAGUAUCUUUUGCAGAGUCUCAACUACUUGAAAACAACUUGGCUAAUCUACCUACCUUCAGGAAAAGAAAACAAAAAUUAUAGCAAUUCCAUGCACUCUCUAAAGCUCAGUAGAGGGUGCAGAUUGUUUACAGAAGAAUCAGCACAUGAUACCAGCAGCUCAUGCUACACAAGAGUGGCACCUACUGUCAGGGCUGAAGAAGACCUUGCAACCAAACUAACAGAAGACAGACACAGUGCCUAUGUGCAACCUAUACAGUGCGAACCGGAUCACCAGAUAGCAAACUGCGGAGGCAAAAGCUGAACAGGAGCUUGAUGGCCUGCAUGGGAACAAGAGGGUCAAGCCAAUACUGACUUUGACUAUGCAAUACCAGCCAAAGACAAGCAAGAAAAAUGCAGUUGCUUGAAAAUCUCAGGGAAGUUUCUUGAGGAUGAGAUAAUGAUGGUGUGGAAGAAGGCAGAGAAGGUAAACACAUAAGAGGCUAGAGGGGUUAAGCUCGGGAAAGGAUGGCAGAGGCAGGACCUGGUACAGAUAGCUCACUUGGACAAGGCUAGAAUUAAGGUAGUAAAGAAGAGGUAAAACUUGAAAAGGAUAAAGCUUGAGGAAGGUCACUAUGGCAUUCCUGCCAUUCGAGCCUGAAACAACUUGCCGUUCUUGAAUUUCACCCUGCUGCUGUCAGCACAGACCUGACAAAUCAUGCAGACUCAGAUCCUGGAGUACAACAGUUACUCCUGUUUACCAUUCAAGUGAAAGGUGGAAUGGAUGUGUUUGUUCCAACAACUACAGUGUCAGUAGGAUGCAAAUCAUGUGUUAUGCAAAUCAUGUGUUUAUGUUAAGUUAGAAAUUAAAAAACAAUACAUUAACUCUAGCAACCGAGGUAGAAAGUGACCACCAAACAACUGAGCUGCUAAUGACCUAAGGCCAUUGCUGGUCUUUCCAAUCAAUUCCUUGCAUUCUCCAUCUGCCUGUUUCCGUUUGUUUUCUUUACACUUCUGACUAGCUUUUUAAGAGCCAGCACCACAUUUAUUAUAAUCUGCACAAAGUGAGGUCUAUGAGAUUAUUAUUAUAAAAUAUGAUCAUAGUAAGUAUAAUAAAAAUUAUUUUGCAGUCAAAGAAGAAUUAAAAUUAUCUGAAAACAGUCUUCAAGUUCUAUAGCAUUUCAAAUUCUCUCUUAUUCUUCAGGUGAAAAAUAAGUUGGGUGUCACAGUUUAACCUCAGCUGGCAACUAAGCACCACACAGCCAGUCACUCAUUCCUCCCCACAGUGGAAUGGGUAGGAAGAUCAGAAAAAAAAAAAAACACCACCAAACAAACCACAACUUGUGGGUUGAGAUAAGAACAGAUUAAUGACAAAAAUUAAAAUAUAUAUUCUAAUAAUUACUAUUGUUUUAAUUACAAUAAUAAUUAGUAUCAUUGUAAUGAAAAUGAACAUAGCAAAGAGAAAUAAAACCCAAGAAAAGACAAGUGAUGCACAAUGCAAUUACUCACCCCACACUGACCAAUGCCCAAACAGUGUUCCCCCCCUUCCUGGCCAACUCCCCUCAGUUUCUAUACUGAGCAUGACAUUCUGUGAUACAGGAUAUCCCUCUGGCUAGUUGGGGUCAGCUGUCCCGGCCAUGCUCCCCGCAGCUUCUUGUGUACCUGCUUGCUGGCAGAGCAUGGAAAACUGGAAUACCCUUAACUUAGGAUAAGUGCUCCUAACCAAAAACUAAGGUAUCAGUGUGUUAACAACAUUAUUCUCACACCAAAUCCAAAACACAGCACUGUGCCAGCUGCUAGGAAGAAAAUGAACUCUGUCUCAGCCGAAACCAGGGCAUUAGGAGAUAACAAAACUGGGUUGUAAAGUCCCUUGAAUAUCAUUAU